AGGCAUUGAGGGUAGCCAAUAAACCCGCGUUUGGUCCCGGGAAUACGCAAAAGCGGCAGCAUGAUCCCCUGUUGCGGCCAAGUUGGUGCAUCUUCAUGAUAGAGAAACACUUGAACCAUCUAUCUAUAUCGUUACACUCAUUGGAGGCACGUCCGCGGGCACCUGCACUCCUCAAUGUGCGAUGCGCAUGGUUUCGCAAGAUGUGACCUCCGCAGCUAUCAUCUUCUUAUCGACCACUCUCUCGCCCAAGAGCUUCCCUCAAUGGCUGAUCUGUCUCCUCUUCAUCGCCGGUCUUGUCCCGACUGCGCUGACUCAGACCCCGGGCCAGGUUACAGCGCUGAAGAAGGAGGUUGAAGAUCUUUUCUAUCAUGGAUACGAGAAUUACAUGCUACAUGCAUUUCCCGAAGACGAACUCCGUCCGAUCUCCUGCAAACCCUUGACACGCGACCGUGACAACCCAGCCCACAUCGAAGUCAAUGAUCCGUUGGGAAACUACUCCCUUACUCUCAUUGACAGUCUAUCUACCUUGGCCAUUUUAGCAUCCAACCCUGCGAAUACGAAGCAUAAUAAGCCCUUGCGGCUGUUUCAAGAUGGUGUUCGGGAUCUAGUCGCACAAUAUGGCGACGGCAGUAGUGGAGAGGCUGGUCAGGGAUUAAGAGCAAGAGGAUUUGAUCUGGACAGCAAGGUGCAAGUGUUUGAAACAGCAAUCCGCGGCCUCGGUGGCUUGCUGAGCGCCCAUCUGUUUGCUGUUGGCGAGCUUCCAAUCCGUGGUUAUAAUCCGUCAAAAGAGCAGGCUGCCCUGGCUAGAACAUGGCACAAAGACGCGAAUGCGAUCGGUGCCAAAGGCAUCCUGUGGCAGAAUGGUUUCGAGUACAAUGGGCAACUGCUGAGACUGGCGUAUGAUAUGGGAAACCGUCUCAUACCUGCCUUUUGGUCUACUACUGGAAUACCAUAUCCGCGGGUCAAUCUUCGUUCCGGUAUCCCAUUCUAUGCCAACUCACCACUAAAUGCUCCUCUCCACGAGGGGCAAUGCGACGCUCGGCCUGGUGCGCCAGAGAUUACUGAGACAUGUAGUGCUGGCGCCGGCAGUCUAGUGCUCGAAUUCACCGUUCUGAGUAGACUAACAGGAGAUGACCGUUUUGAAGAACUUGCCAAGAGAGCUUUUUGGUCUAUUUGGAAUCGACGGAGCAGUAUCGACCUGAUUGGCGCUGGAAUUGACGCCGAAACUGGUGCUUGGAUUGGUACUUGGACUGGAAUUGGUGCUGGAGUCGACAGCUUCUUUGAAUAUGCUUUCAAAUCGCACAUUUUGCUCUCGAGGGACGCUCAUCCUGUUUACGCAAGGCGCGAGGACGUUGAAGAUCCAAGAGUGCUGUUUGACCCCCUGCCAGUGGAAGAAGACACUUCUCAGGCAUUCCUUGGGGCGUGGAACAUCGCCCAUGCUGCGAUUAAGCGACAUCUCUAUCGUGGGACGAACUUCCAGCAUCCUCACUACAUCCAAGCUGACUUGAUUACCGGCGCUGCGAGAGGCUUCUGGAUCGAUGCUUUAAGUGCUUUCUACCCCGGGCUUCUGGCGUUGGCAGGCCAUAUCAACGAGGCUAUCGAGACUCACCUCCUCCAGACAGCUCUUUGGACCAGAUUUUCUGCUCUACCUGAACGAUGGAAUCUAAUAACGGGAGGCAUUGAGGGUGGUCUCGGAUGGUGGGUCGGCAGGCCGGAAUUCAUUGAGUCAACAUACUAUCUUUAUCGUGCCACAGAAGAUCCCUGGUAUUUCCACGUUGGGGAGAUGGUGCUACGGGACAUCAAGCGUCGCUGCUGGACCAGAUGUGGUUGGGCCAGCAUACAGAACGUCUUGACCGGCGAAAAGACGGACAGAAUGGAAAGCUUUUUCCUGGGAGAGACUGCCAAAUAUUUGUUCCUUCUAUUCGAUCCGACACAUCCACUCAAUCAUCUCGAUGAGCCGUUCGUCUUUACGACCGAAGGUCAUCCAUUGAUUAUUCCUCGGAGCGUUGAUGAUGGUCAUCACCAGGGUAAGCUCUGGAACCCCGGCUCUCAGGAGGAAGCCACCUGUCCAGUGAAGCCGAGCCCGUUGCCUUUUAGUGUUUCCAAAGUUGCAGCAAGAGGCGACGUUUACCAUGCAGCGAAUCUGGCCAGACUGCAUCUCAUGCCGACAAGGGACAACGUCGAGUCUGUUCUCGGUGAAUAUGCAGCAGAUCACCCGAGUAUCACCUUGUCAGACAUCAGCUCACCGUCCAAUUACACAUACUAUCCUUGGACUCUGCCACCGGAACUCGUUCCUGUCAAUGCCGCCAGCUCCCCAAUCCAUACAAGACCUACGCUCGACAUCUCGUUCCCUGCCACCUCGACUCCUGGGCAACCAGCGCCACCCCUGCAACGCGUGAAAGAUGGCAUCCUCAUCAACUCCAUUGGCGGUCUACGACUAGCAAUGAUCCAGGAUGCCCCGAUUCUGGAAGAUGGUGGAAUUUCUGAUGCAUUCCGCAUACAAGCCGUCAAUAACAUCCCGCUCGGGAAGGAUGAGAAAGUGUUUCUUGCGAGAGAUACGGGCAAAGACAUCUUGAGCUCAAUGGACCCCAAUUUCUCCCGCAUCCGAGACCCGAUGAUGCUGGACAUUGUCAUUGAUCUCGAUAAACCGCUAGAACAGCACGAUGCCGGGGCGAAUUCGACCGAAGGGGCGUUCAUGAUUGACAUUCCCGGACUCGAAGCCACGACAGAUGGCGCAGUCAGAUCGGCAUGGAAUGCCAUUGUCGCACAACUAUCCAGCCUGCUCAAGGACCAUUCCAAGACAUCCUGGCCCUUCGCCACUCCACUGUCCCUUCACCCUCCGGCAGGCCAGCCCUCGGCUCCAGCCCAAGAUGGCACACCACGCUACCAUCUCACCGCAGUCACUCCCACUGGUCCCGGCGCUGCACCUCUGCCAGACUGGCCGGAAGUAUUGACGCUAACGACUCCUGGAGGCCAGGUCAUUCCACUGUUAUGGAACAAGAUCUAUGCUACGGAUGAUCUGUGCGAUUACCGUCUUCCAACCGACGUGGUCAAAUCCCACCAGAUUCUCGUGGCGAAGCGCGGUGGAUGCAAUUUCAGCCGCAAGUUGAGCAACAUCCCGUCAUACUCACCGUCAGCCCAGGCCCUACAGCUUGUCAUCAUGGUUUCGUAUGGCAGCGAUGACAUCUCCUCGGAAGAACAGCACAUUGACGACGAGUCAUCACUUGUGCGACCGUUUCUGGAAGACCCGCAGAAGACGCCCGCGGGACUGCCCCGGCAUAAUCCCAUACCUAUGGUCAUGGUUGCUGGUGGUGACAAAGUUUACGAUGCGUUGGCUGGAAAGACCGUGGGGAUCGGAAUCAAAAGACGGUAUCAUGUCGAGACCAAGGGCGUCAAGAUCGCGAACUUGAUCAUUGUGUAGUAGUGUACAUUAGUUGAAUGUCAAUGAGGAUUCAUAUAAAACUGUGAUAAAACACCCUGUGCGUGCAUCCUCAUAAUCCGUUAUACUGCCAUGCUAUUGCAAGUACUCCAUACAUCAUGAUUGUUCCCAUGAACACGGAUCUCCGUGGGGAUUCAGAAACUCCUCAAAUGAAACAUCGAAAGCGUUGAAGUUGAUGU